UAUUUACUUUCAGUUUCCGUGUUACUCAGAGCUCAGAGACGCCGAGAGACACAGGAAGGGAGGAAGAUGGAGGAACACGCUGGGAUUAUUCUGCUCCUCUGAGGUCAUCGAGGAGGUCGGAGGGUCUGGUGCACUUGGGGUGGAAGAUGCGACAUGGUCAGAGGCAGGGUGGGAACGAGCCCUGGCUGGUCACUGCGGUUGGUGGCUCUGUGGACUCUCUAUGGGGUCACUGGAGCGCAGUCACCUGUCACAGCUCAGUGUGCAGAGGAUGUCAUCCUGGGAUGCACCUUCCCCCAUAUACAUGAGAUAAAACUCCAUCGUUUGAACAUCACCUGGAAGAUGCAAAGAGCUGAGGGGGUGGAUCUCCUGGUUCACAGCUACUAUGGGCAGAGGGACCUGUGGCAGGGACAGGACAAGGCUUACAGGGGCCGGACACAGCUGGACCCAGAGGGAUUUGCCAAGGGAAAUGCCUCCCUGAAACUCAGGAGUGUCCGCAUCCAGGAUGAAGGAUCCUACAUCUGCUACGUCACCUCUGAGCUGGGCGAAUGGUCUGAGACAACACUCCUCACAGUGCUGAACUCUACAGCAAAGUUGCCCAUCAUAACUCAGUAUGGUGAGGACAUCACCCUGAACUGCUCCUUUGAACCUGGUUCAAACCUCCAGCUGCUGACUAUCACGUGGCAGAAGAAAGAAGCCAAGGGACCAGAUCUCCUGGUUCAUAGUUACUACAAUGGGAAGGACCAACUGGAGAUACAAGAUGAGGCUUACAGGGGCCGGACAAAGUUGUAUCCAGAUGCGUUCUCAAAGGGAAAUGCAUCUCUGAGACUGAGGGGCAUUCGCUUGGCGGAUGGGGGAAUCUACACUUGCCAUGUCAAGCCCCAACUGGGGAGGUUUACUACGCAGAUGAAAGUUAUUGUGGAGGAGUCUCCGAGUGUCCUGUCACCAUGGAUCUGGCUCUGUUUGUUGUUGGCUAUUCCGUUAUUACUCUUUCUCAUCUGGAAGUGUUGUUCUUUCCCGCUGCUGAGAUGGCAAUCGUCUAAACCGUUACCCAAACCUCAGCCUAGCAAGGAGACACUACUGAAUGAGAUGAAUGAAAAGAGGUUAGAGGACUUCAGAAAGAAUGGACACCAGAAUCCAUCUGCAGACCCCCCCAAGACGCCAGCCUGGGAUGAAAGACACACAUGGGAGAAACCUGAACAGCCAAAAUUCUCCCGUGGAAAGUCUCCUGCAAAGGAAAAGGAUCCCAGAAAUAUUGCCCAGAAGCCUAGCAAAACAGGCCAGAGGCUGGACUCUGACAGGGAUAGCGCCGAUAUCUGGAGCUACACGUUUACUUCUGACACAAGUGACCUUUCUGAAGCAGAUUCUGCAUGGCAGGAGGAUGGGGGGUCAUCACAAAACACCAUGCGAAGCGUCGUUCUCCUGGGGCAGACGGGCGCUGGGAAAUCAUCCUUUGUCAAUGCCAUUAGAGGCCUGGGUGAUGAAGAGGAAGGUGCUGCUAAAACCGGGGUGGUGGAAACGACAAUGGUACCAACUUCUUAUCAGCUUCCCAAACAACCCAAUGUUACCAUAUGGGACCUGCCGGGGUUCGGGUCAAUGACACGUCAAUCAGACAUGGACCACUAUCUCUUCAGUUUGAGCCAAUACAAUGUGUUCCUCAUCUUCUCCUCCCAUCACUUCACAGCCACCCACGCUGGCCUGGCCCGGAAGAUCCAGCGAGCAGGGAAGAAGGUUUAUUUUGUGUGCUCCAAGGUCGACAGGAACUUGCUUGCUGCCCGGAGGAAUCGGCCUUCUACCUAUAAUGAAGAGCAAAUUCUGCAGAGCAUCAGAGACACUUGCGUGAAAGACUUGCAGAGAGAAGGGGUGACUUCCCCACAGGUCUUUCUCCUGUCUAACUUUGAAUAUGGCCGGCACGACUUUCCUCUCCUAGAGGAAAUAUUACAGCAAGAAUUGGGGAGUCGUUUGGCUGGCUGAGCUCUUGUUCCCCAAAAAUCUUGCACAAGGAAAAAGCAGCCAUGCAGAGUCAGAAACCAGCCCUUGCUUCAAGUUAUAAUACUGAAAAUAUUCAUAUAAAUCUCCAAGAGGACCUGGCAGAACUAGAGGGGGUUUAGAGAAGAACCAUGAGAAUGAUCAAGGGAUGAGAAAAACAUGCUUAUGGAGAAAGAUUGAAAAAAAAUUGGGGUUCCCUUAGAAAGGAGACGAAGAAGAGGGGACAGCAUAAAAGUCUAUAAAAUAAUGACGGGGACAGAGAAGUGAGAUCCGGAGCUUCUGUCUUCCUUGUCCCCUAACUCAAGAGCAAGGGAGCAUUUAAUAAAAGUAAAGGUUGGGAAAUUCAAACCCGAGGAAAGGAGCGCCUUUUUCACACAGCGUGUGGAACUCACCUAAGUUCCCUCUAAGCUGCAUGGCCAUGCUACCUAUUAAGCCCCGCACAGGGGUUCAGGGCUGCUGUGGGGAGAGAUGCCUCUCUCCAAGCCCUGAAGCUGUGGUGGCCCGGGGAGAGGAGCCUCUGCCAGCCGGCCCCAACCCAGCGCUUCUGUGGCUGGGGAAGAGGCACCUCUGCCCGCCAGCCCCAAACUGGAGCUGUUGCAGCCGGGGGAGUGGCGCUCUCCCCCGGCAGGGCCUAUUGGAGCUGCCGGGGCAGGAGAGAGGUGCAGCUCAUCUGGCCCCAAGCUGCUGUGCUGAGAGAGGGCUGGGGGUUGUCUUCUCUCCCUGGGGCAGCCCCACCCCAGAGUCCACACCCCCAGCCAGAGCCCUCACCCCAGACCCCAAACUAUUGCCCCAUCCCUGAGCCCCCUCCUGCACCCUGAACCCCUCAUUCCCCACUCCAGAGCCUGCACUGCCAGCCAGAGCCCUCACCCUCCUGCACCCAAAUCCUGGGCCCUAGCCCUGAGGCCCUCCGGCCGCACCCCAACCCCUCAGCCCCAGCCCCACCACACACUGUCCAUGUGUGGAGUAACUUUUGUUAUGUGCACCAAUAUGGAGGUGAUGUAUCAUAGUGGUGCACAUAACAAAAGUCAUUCUGCAUGGACAUGAAAAAAUUACAGGGAACACUGGAACUCACCACCCCAUGAUGUCGUUUGGGGGUUGGACUAGAUGACCUCCUGAGGUCCCUUCCAACCCUGAUAUUCUAUGAUUCAAUUAAGGCAAAGAGUUUAACAACGUUCCAAGGGAUUAGCCAUUUGUACAUCUAACGAGAAUAGCCAGAGCGAUCUUAGAAAAUGACAACAAAAUGGUGUUGUUUGUAGCGUUGUUGUAGCCGUGUUGGUUCCAGGAUAUUAGAGAGACAAGGCGGGAGAGGGAAUAGCUUUUAUUGAACCCACUUCUGCUGGGGAGAGAGACAAGCUUCGGGGCUGACACAGAGCUCUUCUUCAGGUCUGGGAAAGGCAUCAGAAUAUCACAGCUAAAUACAAGCUGGGACAUAUUGUGUAGCAUAUUGAGCAAUAACAAGUAUGUGGGUGAACCGAGACAAUCACUGCGCUCUUUGAACUGAUACAAAACCAAAAUGGUGUUUAUCCAGCACAUCCCGCCAGAACACCAGAAACGUUUACUUGUAUCUACACUGAGCGGUAACGCUGACUGCAGGGGUGUGGUUUCUAAACCGCACUAUCAUGUGGCACAUUAAUUUCUCUGUGUAGACACUGCAGGUGCGCACAAGAGGCUCGUAGUGUUCUUUGCCAUCGUGCUGUUUGAAACAAUGCUACAGUAAACACACACCAGGAAACAUUACAAAGAGAGAUUGUUCAUUACAGGCGUGGAAGGAUUUGUUUUUACUGGUAAAUGUCGGUAAGCGUCAAUUUCACUGGACACCCACAAAUGGAGGAAAAAAUAUUUCCAUUGAUAAUAACUGAAAUGUACAGACCAGCAGAGUCAGAGAAACGCUGCUUGAGAACUUAUCAGAGUUUGAUUUAAGACUGUUUACUUGGUGUAUUUUGACAUGCGAUAUUGACAAUUUUUGUUUUAAUGGUUAUAAAGCUUUCACUUUUUAAAUCUCA